AAAACUCUCUGUGAUGUCAUUCUGAUGGUUCAAGAAAGAAAGAUCCCAGCUCACCGCGUUGUGCUUGCUUCAGCCAGCCACUUCUUUAACUUGAUGUUUACUACAAAUAUGCUGGAAUCCAAGUCAUUUGAAGUGGAGCUAAAGGAUGCAGAACCUGACAUUAUUGAACAGCUUGUGGAAUUUGCUUAUACUGCAAGAAUUUCUGUGAACAGCAAUAAUGUACAGUCUUUACUAGAUGCAGCAAACCAAUAUCAAAUUGAACCUGUGAAAAAAAUGUGCGUGGAUUUUUUAAAAGAGCAGGUUGAUGCUUCAAAUUGUCUUGGUAUAAGUGUGUUAGCAGAAUGCCUAGACUGUCCAGAACUGAAAGCCACUGCGGAUGACUUUAUCCAUCAGCAUUUUACUGAAGUUUACAAGACAGAUGAAUUUCUUCAGCUUGAUGUUAAGCGUGUAACACAUCUUCUGAACCAAGAUACACUGACUGUGAGGGCAGAAGACCAGGUUUACGACGCAGCAGUCAGGUGGCUGAAGUACGACGAGCCGAAUCGCCAGCCCUACAUGGUUGACAUUCUUGCUAAAGUCCGAUUCCCUCUCAUAUCAAAGAACUUCUUAAGUAAAACAGUUCAGGCUGAACCACUUAUUCAGGAUAACCCAGAAUGCCUUAAAAUGGUGAUCAGUGGGAUGCGAUACCAUCUGCUUUCCCCAGAAGACAGAGAAGAGCUGGUGGAAGGCACGCGGCCCAGAAGAAAAAAGCACGAUUAUCGCAUUGCUUUGUUUGGAGGCUCACAGCCCCAGUCCUGCAGAUACUUUAAUCCAAAGGAUUACAGCUGGACAGACAUCCGAUGUCCCUUUGAAAAGCGCAGGGAUGCAGCUUGUGUCUUCUGGGACAACGUAGUUUAUAUUUUGGGUGGUUCCCAGCUCUUCCCUAUAAAGCGAAUGGACUGCUACAAUGUGGUGAAGGAUAGCUGGUAUUCCAAGCUAGGACCUCCAACACCUCGAGAUAGCCUUGCAGCCUGUGCUGCUGAGGGCAAAAUUUAUACAUCUGGUGGUUCAGAAGUGGGAAAUUCUGCACUCUAUCUGUUUGAAUGCUACGAUACGAGGACAGAAAGCUGGCACACGAAGCCCAGCAUGCUGACGCAGCGGUGCAGUCACGGCAUGGUGGAGGCAAACGGCCUCAUUUAUGUGUGUGGAGGAAGCCUGGGGAACAACGUUUCUGGAAGGGUCCUAAAUUCCUGUGAAGUUUAUGAUCCAGCCACAGAAACGUGGACUGAGCUCUGUCCGAUGAUUGAAGCCAGGAAGAAUCAUGGACUGGUGUUCGUAAAAGACAAAAUAUUUGCUGUGGGUGGACAAAAUGGCUUAGGUGGCCUUGAUAAUGUAGAAUACUACGAUAUCAAGAUGAAUGAAUGGAAGAUGGUGUCUCCAAUGCCAUGGAAGGGUGUGACGGUGAAGUGUGCUGCUGUGGGAUCGAUCGUCUAUGUCCUGGCUGGUUUUCAGGGUGUUGGUCGAUUAGGGCACAUUCUCGAAUACAAUACAGAAACAGACAAGUGGAUAGCCAACUCCAAAGUGCGCGCUUUCCCGGUGACAAGCUGUUUAAUCUGUGUCGUUGACACUUGCGGCGCAAACGAAGAGACCUUGGAGACCUGAAAACCCACAAGAGAUGCUGAGACAUCCUUCAAGGACGUGAGGAGAGAYGGCCAUGGUGCUUUGCUUCCGUGUUCUAUUGAAUCUUGUUAAACUGAGUACUAGGAGAAACUGGGAUGCAGUUUUGAAUUUGUAUAUACAGCAUAUUGUAUAACUUGGAUUUUGUCAUGCCCAUCUGUUGUCUGUU